AUGUCGGACUACGGCGAUGCCGUGGGUAAUGAACCACCGGCCAUUGAGCCGUACGAAAUCCUUGGCCUUGACCGAGAUGCCUCUCCCGACCAGAUCAAGAGCGCCUACCGCAAGGCAGCCCUCAAGAACCACCCUGACAAAGUACCGGAUGAUCAAAAGGCCGCUGCGCACGGCCGGUUCCAGUCGAUAGCCUUUGCGUAUGCCGUGCUGUCGGACCCUGCGAGGCGGAAGCGAUACGAUUCCACGGGCUCCACGGCCGAGUCCGUCAUCGACUCGGAAGGAUUUAACUGGAGCGACUAUUACCGCGAUCAGUUCAAAGAUGCCAUUUCGACAGAUGCCAUCGAGAAGUUUGCCGCAAAGUACAAAGGAUCCGAGGAGGAAAAGGAUGACGUGCUUGUCGCCUACGAGGAGUGCGAAGGAGCCAUGGACGAGGUGUACGAAAGGGUCAUCCUCAGCGACGUUGUACGGGACGACGAGAGAUUCCGCCGCAUAAUAGACGAGGCCAUCGAGAGCGAGGACGUGCCGGCAUUCAGCGCGUACACCAAGGAGAGCAAAAAGAAGCGGGCGGCACGAGUAAAGGCGGCCAUGGCCGAGGCGGACGAGGCAGAAGAUUACGCCAAAGAGCUUGGCGUCCAUGACAAGCUUUUCGGAGUCAAGAGGAACAAGAACUCGAAGAACUCCGAAGAUGGCCUCGCUGCUCUGAUCCAGAAGAGGCAGCAGGAUCGAUCCGCCAACUUCCUCGACAACUUGGCAGCAAAGUAUGGGGCCAAGGAGCCGAGGGCGAAGAAGGGCAAACGAGGGGCGGAAACCGAACCUUCGGAGGAAGCAUUCCAAGCGGCCGCAUCGCGGCUGAAGGGUGCCAAGAGGUCCAAGAAAUAA